GGGCGUCUUGCUCCCCCGCUCGCUCCUGCUCGCCCGCAGGUCGGCGCGCUAGCCCAGCUGAGCGGCUACCAGCGCUGCGGGGCGGCCGGGCUGCACGCGCACCCGCCAACUGGGAAGCGGAGACACAGCUAGUCCGAGCUUCGGGAUGAGGAGCGGGCGAAGUUGACUAGCCCCCCCCACCCACGCUGCGCCUCUGCGGCGCAGAGGUGCGCUGCCCUCUCCAGGAGGUGCCCGCGCACGGCUCUGCUCCAGGGGCUGCAGCGAGCGCUCUGUCGCGCGUGUUUGUUUGCCAGAGGAGCCGCCCCGGGGAGAAGACUCGGAGGGGAGUUGUCUCCCCAAGGGAUACCUGCAACUCAGGCGGGGGGUUUGGGCGGCCUGGAUGCGCAGAACCCAGCCCCGCAGCCGCUGACGCCGGGCGGCGGCGAAGUUUGGCUGCUGAGCGGCGCGGCGCAAGGCCACUGGACAGCGGGCAGCCAGGCGGCAGCGGGAGCGAUGCCGGUGGGGGGCCUGUUGCCGCUCUUCAGUAGUCCCGCGGGCAGCGGCCUGGGCGGCGGCCUGGGUGGGGGGCUCGGCGGUGGCAGGAAGGGGUCCGGCCCCGCCGCCUUCCGCCUGACGGAGAAGUUCGUGCUGCUGUUGGUGUUCAGCGCCUUCAUCACGCUCUGCUUCGGGGCGAUCUUCUUCCUGCCGGACUCUUCCAAGCUGCUCAGCGGGGUCCUGUUCCACUCCAGCCCCGCCCUGCAGCCGCCCGCCGACCGCAAGCCCGGGCCCGGGGCGCGCGCCGAGGACGCGGCAGAUGGGCGAGCCCGGCGCGGCGAGGAGGGCGCGCCCGGGGACCCCGCGGCCGCCCUGGAGGACAACUUGGCCAGGAUCCGUGAAAACCACGAGCGGGCUCUGAGGGAAGCCAAGGAGACCCUGCAGAAGCUGCCCGAGGAGAUCCAAAGAGACAUCCUGAUGGAGAAGGAGAAGGUGGCCCAGGACCAGCUGAGUAACAGGGUGGGGUUCAAGAUGCUGCCUCCAGUGGACUUAGCACCACUCGUUGGGGCGAUUGACGGGGAGCCGGCCGACGCCGCCAUCCGCGAGAAAAGGGAGAAGAUCAAAGAGAUGAUGAAACAUGCUUGGAAUAAUUAUAAACGUUAUGCCUGGGGAAAAAAUGAACUGAAGCCUGUAUCAAAAGGAGGCCAUUCAAGCAGUUUGUUUGGUAAUAUCCAAGGAGCAACAAUAGUAGAUGCCCUAGAUACACUUUUUAUUAUGAAAAUGAAAGACGAAUUUGAAGAGGCAAAAGCAUGGGUUGACGAAAAUCUAAAUUUUAAUAUGAAUGCUGAAGUUUCUGUUUUUGAAGUAAAUAUACGCUUUGUCGGUGGACUAAUCUCAGCUUACUACCUGUCUGGAGAAGAGAUAUUUCGAAAGAAAGCAGUGGAACUUGGGGUAAAAUUGCUACCUGCAUUUCAUACUCCCUCUGGAAUACCUUGGGCAUUGCUGAAUAUAAAAAGUGGGAUUGGAAGGAAUUGGCCCUGGGCCUCAGGAGGCAGCAGUAUUUUGGCAGAAUUUGGAACUCUGCAUUUGGAGUUUAUACACUUGAGCUACUUAUCAGGAAACCCCAUCUUUGCUGAUAAGGUAAUGAAUAUUCGAACAGUACUGAACAACCUGGAAAAACCACAAGGCCUUUAUCCUAACUAUCUGAAUCCCAAUAGUGGACAAUGGGCUCAAUAUCACGUAUCAGUUGGAGGACUUGGAGACAGCUUUUAUGAAUAUUUGCUAAAGGCAUGGCUAAUGUCUGACAAGACAGAUCUACAAGCUAAGAAGAUGUAUUUCGAUGCUAUUAAGGCAAUUGAGACUCACUUGAUCCGGAAGUCACGUAACGGACUGACUUACAUCGCAGAAUGGAAAGGGGGCCUCCUGGAACACAAGAUGGGCCACCUGACCUGCUUUGCGGGAGGCAUGUUUGCCCUCGGGGCAGAUGACGCUCCUGAAGGCCUGACCCAACACUACCUUCAACUCGGGGCUGAAAUUGCCCGUACCUGUCAUGAAUCUUACAAUCGCACGUUUGUGAAACUGGGACCAGAAGCUUUCAGAUUCGAUGGCGGUGUUGAAGCCAUUGCUACGAGGCAAAAUGAAAAAUACUACAUCCUACGGCCAGAAGUUGUUGAGACUUACAUGUACAUGUGGCGACUGACUCAUGAUCCAAAAUACAGGAAAUGGGCCUGGGAAGCUGUAGAGGCCUUGGAGAAACACUGCAGAGUGAAAGGAGGCUAUUCAGGCCUCAGGGAUGUUUACUUCCACAAAGAGAGCUAUGAUGAUGUGCAGCAGAGUUUCUUCCUGGCAGAAACACUAAAAUAUUUGUACUUAAUAUUUUCUGAUGACGAUCUACUUCCACUGGAACACUGGAUCUUCAAUACCGAGGCACAUCUUCUCCCUGUACUCUCUAGGAAUAUAAAGAAAGUUGAAGUCAAUGAGAAAUAAAAAGACAUUUUAUAUUUUAUUCUCCUCCAUUCCCUUCACUGCAUACCUUAAUAAUUCCUUUUCUGGUGAUCAGGCAUAUGAUGAAUUUUUAUUAAUAGGUCUGUGAUUAUUCUAAGUUUUAAAAUUGUUUUGCAGUCUUUUAUGUUUAUUAUCAUAGGCAUAGAUGGACCUAAAUUCCUUAUUGUAGCCUUUAUUAUUCAUUCAGUGAAUCACAUGGUUUUUUGUUUGUUUGUUUGUUUUAAGUAAUCUUUUAUCUCUGGAGUUCAUGAAGGUGUAGUAUCAUUUUUAUUAAACUAAAUAGAAUGGUAUACCAAUGACCUCUUAAUUACAAUUUUGAUUUGACUGCAAAACUUUUUCCUCCUCUAUGAGGAGAUGGUGUCUGCUUUAAGCUGUAAUGUUUUGCCAUGUUGCAAAAAGCCAUAAUAAUAAAUUAAAUAAUAAAAAAGCUUUUUCCUUUUCAA